GAGAAACCAAUCCUGCGCAGCGCUAUGGCAGAGCACGCUGAUGCGUGCCUGAAGGUACGGAAUGCUGCAAAAAAGGGCGGCAAGGGCAAGGUGGAGCCUAUUGUAAACGGGAAGAAGCGUAAAGCCGAUGAUGAAGAGCCACCACACCCAGACGAACCACCCAAGAAAAAGAAACCCUUACCAAAGGUCACGAAGGGCAGGGCAAAAGGUCCUGUGGACCUCGAUCGACAAUGUGGUGUUAUCAACGAUAAGGGCCUGCCGUGUUCGCGCUCUCUGACGUGCAAGUCGCAUUCAAUGGGCGCAAAACGCGCCGUGCCCGGCCGUUCUCGCAAGUACGAUGACCUAUUACUGGAUUGGAACAGGGAGCACAACCCGAACUUCGUGGAGCCCGUGAAACGAGAGUCAAAGCAGGAGAGAAAGGAGCGCAAGGAGAAAGAGAAAGCUGAGAAGAAGCGGCUCACGAUGGAAGCUGCUGCUGCGGCAGGAAUCGACGUCCCGAAGAAAUCGGGCGGGGCGGGUGGUACGAGUACGAAAAAGUCCAAGAAAGCGGCGGCCUCUACCGCCACGACGAUCGGCGCCGCCGCCAUCGCCGCGAGUACGAAGCCAGACGAUGGCAACGACCUAGAGGACGUCGAUUCCGAGACGGAGAUGGAUGCCCUUGUCAACACCGUCCGACACGCUCAAGAAAAGGGAAUGCUAGGCCAGCCGCUGGCAGCACCCUACGACGCCAGUUCUUGGUUCGUUGUGCGGCGGGAGCGGGUGCGGACGUGCCGAGAUCUACUUGCUCUUGCUCUCAUGCCCUCAGCGCGCGCUGCCGCGCCUGGUGCUCCUGCAGCAACUCGGCUAUGAUUUAUCAGACACAACUGAUACCCUGCCACAUGACGAUACCCUUUCUACCGACCUUAAAUCCCUCUCCCUCCAUUGGUCGAGACAGCUGUAAUAUCACUGGCACAACGAAUCCUUGUACUACCGGGUGCUAGAUGCACA